GAGUAAAUAUGUAGGCAUGGUGAGAGAUGGUUGUGAAUGUUGAUACCGACACAGGUGUCUAUGGUGAAAUUGUAUUCCAGUUCUCGGAAGAAGUCGUGCGUGGUAGUACGGUAACGACGAUUCACCCAGAUCGUCGUUCUCUGGUUAAGUUCGUAGCCAGAGUGUCAAGACCCACUGGUACGUCUGCUCGUGCCGAAAGCUUGCCUGCUCGUACGAGCACUACUCGAGUCUGUAUUCGCAAUGCACUUGCGCAAGAGCAGCUCUUGACGCGGCGAUUGCGCGCACAUAUGGAGACGGCCGGAUGAGGUCGUGCUUGUUGCCGUGCAACCCUAGGCCAAGAUGAAGCGUAGUGCGUGUUUCGAAGCUUCUACCGAGCAGAUAGUGCCGCGCGAUACGGUCGGUCCGGUAGAGUUAUUGUCCGAUAGACUCUUGACUAGGCUUGUGGAGUGUGUCGCAUUCCUUACCUCGCAGACCUUGGCCUGCCUCGCUGCUUUGCCGGUGCUGUCGGCCAGUUGUGGUCAGAUCGUGCUCUGCUGUCAGCUGC